AAUUUUGGGUUGGAGAAUGAGAAUUAUAUUAUCCACGACCAUCUAUAAGACAGUAAAAGUGGAUUUUAAUACCCAGGUGCAAAGGGUGAACAACUCAAGCCACGUCAUUUGCACUCCCCAACUUGAAAAGGGCGGGAACUUUUAACCAAUCAAUUUAACAGAUUUGAAGGAACGAGCCAAUCAGAGGAUGAGGAGCUUUCUUGGCCCGAGGGCAGGCCGAGCGUAUUUUUACCUUCCAAGAUGGCUUCCACAUUUGGGGACUUUGAGGAGAUUUACGCGCCAAGCGCUGCAGAUCUUUUAGCCUUCUUUCUUAUAUUAUUAUGGAUAGUAUUAGCAUUAUUUCAGUUAAUAUCUAUAGCGACAGCUAAGAUUCACCUCCAUAAAUCUACUCCCGCUGUCAAUAAUAAAGAACUUCCGGGAGUUUCAAUUUUGAAGCCUUUGGUUGGAGAUGAACCGAAUCUUAUAAAAAAUCUUCAAGGUUUUUUCGAAUUAAAUUAUCCCAAGUUUGAAAUCCUAGUUUGUGUGCAAGAUGAACUGGAUCCCUCAGUGAAAGUUGUACGCCAACUUAUGGAAGCGUAUCCGCUGGUGAAUUCGAGACUGUUUACGGCUGCAAAGACAAUUGGUGUGAAUCCAAAGAUAAACAACAUGAACCAAGGCUAUAAGGCAGCUAAAUAUGACCUGUUAUGGAUCUGUGACAGUAAUAUUAAAGUUCAUCAAGGUACCCUUCAAGAGUUAGUUUCUCAUAUGAGACCAGGAGUAGGAAUGGUUCAUCAGUUACCCUUUGUUGCCAACUGUAUGGACUUUGCUGCUUGUGUUGACAAGGUUUACUUUGGAACACAGCAUGCAUUUGUGUACUUGCUAGCUUAUUGCUUUGGUCUACUAUGUGCAAAUGGCAUGUCAAGUUUAUACAGCAAGCCACUUUUGGAUGAACUAGGUGGUCUUGAAGUCUUUUCUUGUUACAUAGCAGAGGAUUAUUUCAUAUCAAAGGCAAUAUAUAAAAGAGGUAUGAAAGUUGUUCUUAGCUCUGACCCAGCCAUACAGAAUCCAAGUACAUACUCCCUUAUGAGAUUUCAGCAACGAAUGAUCAGAUGGACUAGGCUGCGUCUGACAAUGGAACCUUUUCCUGCAGUGUUUGAACCUUUUACAGAAAGUCCUAUAAUUGGUUUGAUGUCCUGUUGGGCUGUAUGGCAUCUGUGGGAAAUCAGCUUCUUACUAUUUUUUAUUGAGCAUCUUGCUUUCUCAUUUUUGUUGGACUACAUCCUACUUAGAUAUAUUCAAGGGCCAAACAAUUCCUUGCCUCCACUGUGGAAGCUGUUUCUGGCUUGGCUGUUUAGGGAGUAUUCCUUUCUCAUAUUCUUUCUUCAAGCAGCUUGUGGUCGUGAAAUUGAAUGGCGAACUUCACAUUUUGUGCUGAGGCUGGGUGGUAAGGCUGAGAGACUCCAAGAAAAAUGUCAAGACAUCAAUAAUCACUGCUGCUGAUAUGUUGACUGAUCAUUAGUUAUAAUAUGAUUUUAUUUUAAGUUGUGCCAUUUUGGAUAAAAGUAUUGCUGUGGCCAUCACUUGACCUAUUUUGUUAUGCUGCAGAAUUGGGAAAAUUUGUAGGCCUUAUUUAAAAUUAUGGCCUAAAUUGGUACCUAUCUCCAUUUCUCCCUAUC